AUGCCUAAUGAAAUUACUAAUCUUAUACCCUCUUCUUCGUUGCAUCCCGAUUUUAGCAUUACUUGUGAGGAUGAAACACAAACUUUUGCCGAUCGAAGUUUAGUUUUCCCUCCAGAACCUGUUAGAGUCCCUUUUCGAGUUUCUGUGCGAGUUUCAAAAGCACAGAUCUAUCCUUGGACUUCAGUUGGUUUGGAUCGUCAUACCUUAGGAAGUAUGAAACAUAGAUGUCGCAAAUGUCGCGCUCUAUUAUGGAUAGAUGAAAGGUUAUUAAAUUCCUCUACACGAUCACCGGUUUUUACAACUUGCUAUGCUGGAGGGAAGAUUCUUCUUCCUCCUCUUCAGGAACUACCUUCACCUUUAAAUACGCUUCUUACAAGGACUGAUCAAAGAGCUAGAUUAUUUAAACAGAAUAUUAAAAUGUAUAAUUCAGCAUUGUCAUUUACGUCUCUAGGUGCUAAUAUUGAUCACAGCAUAACUGGUACGAGUGGGGUUUAUAGCUUUCGCAUUCAUGGUAAAAUGUAUCAUAGUAUAGGCAGCUUAUUUCCUGAUGAUGAUAAUCGUCCUGAAUUCGCCCAAUUGUAUAUCUAUGAUACUGAGCAUGAAUUACGAAAUAGAAUGAAUAUAAUGCCUGGUCUUGACCCCGUUAUUCUUGGGGAGCUUCAACAAAUGUUACAUGAUUUGAAUCCUUAUUGUAACAUAUUUAAACAAGCUGGGCAUAUGCUACUAGCAAAUCCUUCAUUAAACUUACGAAUGGCAAUUACAGAUAAUAGAAAAAAAGAUCCUAGAUGA